CUCAGCCCUAAUAGAACCAUAAUUUCUUAUAUCAUACCCUCUCUCUUGCGCUAUUCUAAUAUCAUAUCAUAUUAUACUAGUAAUUUCUAGGUUAAAGCCCUACUAAAAAAUCCUCAUCGCCAGUUGCACCCUAUGGCUCGCUACGAAGACAGAGACCGAGAUGGCGGAACCUACAACCACGACCCUUCCGCAGGCAGCGGUGGCGGCGGUGGAGGAGGAGGAGGCUAUGACAAACGCGGCGGCGGCGGCGGAGGAGGAGAACGAGAUGGUCCAUACAAUAGAGGCAGACCUCUUCACAGAAGACCCGUCACAGAUUACGGUGCUUCAGUUGGAAAAUGGAUGAUGAAGCGGCGGAUGAACUGGCGCGGCCAGAGCAUUGACUUUUUGAGGCCGGCGCCGGGGUUUAUUGUUGAUUUGUUACCACCUGCAGCGUAUUUGGAGAAUCCAGCGAGCUCAUUGCCGACAAAGCAUAUUCAUGCUUCUUUGAAUAAGAUUAAACACCCGAUCAAUGUUGUCAAGUGGACACCUGAAGGCAGGAGGCUUCUUACUGGGUCUAGCAGUGGGGAGUUUACCUUAUGGAAUGGAAUGGGCUUCAAUUUUGAAACUAUCAUGCAGGCUCAUGAUUGUGCUAUUCGUGUUUGCCAAUACUCGCAUAGUGGCGAUUGGUUGCUUUCGGGAGAUCAGGAUGGGACAGUCAAGUAUUGGCAGCCGAAUUUCAAUAAUGUUAAAGUACUUGAUGCGCAUAAAGAGCCUAUCCGUGAUUUAUCGUUCUCUCCUACCGACGCAAAGUUCGUUACUGCAUCCGACGACGGCACGCUCAAGAUCUGGAACUUCAAUGAGGGAGUCGAGGAGCGUGCUCUCACUGGUCACGGUUGGGACGUAAAGUCGGUGGAUUGGCAUCCAACCAAGGGGUUGAUAGUAUCUGGUUCGAAGGAUCAUUUGGUGAAACUUUGGGAUCCUCGCACCUCCCGCUGCCUGACUACGCUACACGGCCACAAAAAUACCAUCUCAAAGUCUCUAUUCCAACCUACUCGUGGCGAUCUGCUGGCGACUUGUGCAAGGGACCAAACGUGUCGAAUCUUCGACCUUCGUGCAAUGAAGGAUUUUUGCGUGCUUCGUGGUCAUGAAAAAGAUAUCUCAACGCUGGCUUGGCACCCUAUCCAUCCGGCAUUGAUCUCGACGGGAGGUUCGGAUGGAGCUCUUAACCACUACCUCCUUGACGAGAGCCCGCAGGGUGUCAACGCAUCCCAUACAUCUUCAACAAUCAUCCACCCCGCAGCGUCAAUUCCAUUCGCACAUGAGUAUGCGAUUUGGAGCAUGGAAUACCACCCACUCGGCCACAUCCUCUGCUCCGGAUCUAACGAUAGGAUAACCCGUUUCUGGACCCGUCCUCGCCCUGCCAUGAUGUCGGAGAUCAAUGAAAUGAACCCUAUAUACGCGCCGUUCUUCGGCAUGGCUGGAGUAGCAUCAGCGAUGAUAUUCUCAAGCAUGGGCGCCGCCUACGGUACCGCUAAGGCCGGCAUCGCAAUAUCUGGCAUCGGAACAUUCAAGUCAGAGCUCAUCAUGAAGUCUCUAAUAAGCGUCAUCAUGUCCGGGAUAAUAGCGGUAUACGGCCUCGUAAUCGCCGUCCUGAUAGCUGGAGACCUGGGUCGCAAGGAAUCUUCCUACUCGCUGUUCUCGGGGAUCGUGCACUUGGCUGCUGGGUUGAGUGUUGGGCUGACCGGCCUGGCUGCCGGGUAUGCCAUUGGCCUUGUUGGGAAUGCUCCUGUACCUGACCUGGGGUCUCCACAAUUAAGCGCCAGAGACGUUUUUGUGGGUAAGGUGUUUAUUUUGAUUUUUGGGGAGGUGGUGGGGUUGUAUGGGUUAAUGGUGGGGUUGAUUUUGAAUAUUAAGAUUUGGAGGUAGGGGGGUUUGGGGGGGGGGGAUUGUAUGAUAGUGGGUUAUGGUGUGUUUGGGGGGAAGGGGGGUAAUGGGGAUAUACAAUUCAGGUUACUUUUCUCUGGUUCUUUAUCUUGUUAUCGGGAUUUCACCUCCUUGCUUCUGGUUAUUUCUUACCUGCUGGAAUUGACAGAAUUCUGCGAAAGAGUCGUUCAAAAUCUCAGGAUAUUCAGAAUGGA